CGGUGAGGUUCAUAGCAUCGCCAUUGCACAAUGCGUCUGCAGCAUGUCAGGUCUCCGUGAUAUUCAGCCGCAUUGCCAUUCCUCCCCAUGGACACGCUCGAUCACAGAAAAUAUUUUAUGUACCAUCAACAACAGAUUCCUCCGAGGAAUGGCCGGAUCUCGGCGAGUUGACAAGCCAAAUGCAAAUGGUUCGGACCAUCAGUGAAUAUAUGGGUGCCACAAACCCCGACAGUCCGCUUCUUGCGCUGCAUGCAGAAGCAGUGCGAUUUGUGUGAGGAGGGCUGCAUUCCUUAUCCCAUAAAUUCGGUGAUGUUUGUUGGCACAUCUCAUCCUUCCUGACGAUCUUAGAUUGACAACCAUGGGUGUUCGCGGGCAAGACGACUGGGUAGAUGUCCCCCCACUGGACGAAUUCUCUCUUGAUAAUUCUGCAAACUCUGUUCACGGUCGAAGGAAUCGCCUGCUCCGCAUUGAUCGGGAAAAUCGCCGUUUUUCAGAGAUUGAGCAAAUAUUCAAGAAAGGGUGGCGACACCGUAAGAAAGAUAGGCCACAAAUCCAUUGUAUCUUUAAAGUCCUCUGGCCGGAAUCAAUGCUGGAGUCAUAUUUGGCCUAUAGAUCUUCUGUCCAGCAGACUGUACGGGCAAAAGAUAUGAGAGGAAACGAGCAAUUGCUUUUUCACGGUACCGAUCGAGCAUGUUUACUGGGCGAGACCAGGAACAAUGUACUCCUAUGUAGUCUUCAAAAAUGUAGUUUGUGCUCAAUACUACGGACUUCAUUCGAUGUGACGAGGUGUGGUAAGUUUGGACACGGUAUAUACACAACAUCCUGUUCGUCGAAGGCAGACGAUUACGUCUCUAACCUCUCCAAUGAUGCUGGUCUUCGUGUGAUCCCCUACAAACGAUAUCGUAAUGCAGUUGAUCUCAUCGGACCCCCCAUGGGAUAUCACUCCAUCGCUGGAGAAAUAGGCCGGGACCUGAACUACGACGAAACUGUCACAUACCACAAUGAUACCAUUCGCCCUGCGUACCUGGUAGUAUAUGGACACAAGGAGGAAUCCCCCGUUACGAUUAAAGAAUUCAUAUCUUCGAUGUUCAAGACCCCACUUGCGUCAUAGCUGCCGCUGAACAUUCCUUUUCGAAGAUUUGUCCUUGGUAUUUAUUAUUUAACGGUCUCCCUAUUCAGAGGAAGACGGUCCUUCCUUCCUCAACCGCACCCGUCAGUUGAAAUGUCGAUUUAGACGAUACACUACAAGUUAGUUACUGUAAAGUACCCGUACCAUAAUACCAAUACAAUAACAAAAGCAAAACAGUGUAUUUACGUAGUAAGUACCAUGUUGCGAAACCACGAAGUAUUCAAC